AUGCGCCCCCUCCAGCCCUACCUCCUCCACAUCCUUCCUCUCCUCCCACUCACCCACAGCACCAACACCAACACCACCGACAUCCUCACCCACAUCAACCCACUCAUCGGCACCACCAACGGCGGCAAUGUCUUCGCCGGCGCGACCCUCCCCUACGGCAUGGCCAAAGCCGUCGCCGACGUGGACGGCCAAAACACCGCAGGCUUCUCCCCAGACAACAGCAACAUCACAGGCUUCUCGGCCCUGCACGACUCCGGCACCGGCGGGAAUCCUUCCCUAGGCAACUUCCCCUUAUUCCCUCAAUACUGCGUUGACGAUGUCCUCGACAACUGUCCUUUUCCCAAGUCCGCCCGCGCCGUACAUUACCAGAAUGACUCGGUCGUGGCAAGGCCGGGGUACUUUGCCCUAACCAUGACGAAUGGUAUACAUGCGGAGAUGACUACGACGCAGCAUGCGGCGCUGUUUCGGUUUAAUUUUCCGGAUACAGCGGAGCAGAAGUUGAGUCCGAUGAUACUGUUGGAUUUGACGGAUUUAUGGGAGAGUAGGCAGAAUGCGUCGAUUAGUGUGGAUGAGAGUACGGGGCAGAUCAAGGCCAAUGGGACGUUUUUACCUAGCUUUGGGGCUGGUGAGUAUGCUUCGUAUGUGUGUGUGGAUUUCGCGGGGGCGGAGGUUAAAGACACGGGGGUUUGGGUGAAUGAUGCCGGGGGUGUGGAGAGGAAGGAGUUGUUUGUCACUCGGGGGUUUAAUAACUUCUAUCUGCAGGCGGGUGGGUUCGUGAGGUUUGAGAGGCCUAGUAAUGGGACGGUGAGUGUUAGGGUUGGGGUCAGUUAUGUUAGUACGGAGAAGGCGUGUGAGAAUGCAAGAGUGGAGAUUCCGAGUCCGUUGGAGGACUUUGAUGCGAUACGGGCAGCUGCGGAGGAUGCUUGGAGGGAGAAGCUGAGUCCUGUUGAGAUGACGCCUGGGAAUACGAGUGCGAGUACUGCCCUGCAGACUAUGUUCUGGACGGGCAUUUAUAGAACCAUGCUGGAUCCGCAGGAUCUGACCGGGGAGAAUCCCCUUUGGGAGAGCGAUGAGCCGUACUUUGAUUCCUUCUAUUGCAUCUGGGACGCCUUCCGCGCCCAACACCCUCUCCUCACCAUCAUCGACCCGACCACUCAAUCCCGCAUCGUCCGCAGUCUCCUCGACACCUACCGCCACGAAGGCUGGCUCCCAGACUGCCGGAUGAGUCUCUGCAAGGGCUGGACACAAGGCGGCUCCAACGCGGACGUCGUCCUCGCCGACGCAUUUGUCAAGAACCUCACAGACAUCGACUGGGACCUCGCCUACGAAGCAAUGGUCAACGACGCCGAAAACGAGCCCCUAGAAUGGUCCUACCAAGGCCGCGGGGGUCUCCAAAGCUGGAAGGCCCUGAACUACAUCCCCUACCACGACUUCGACUACCUCGGUUUCGGCACCAACUCGCGCAGUAUCUCCCGGACGUUGGAAUACGCAUACAACGACUUUUGCGUCGCGACUGUCGCCCACGGCCUGAACAAGACAGACGACUACUUGAAGUAUCUUGCGAGAUCGACCAACUGGAAAAAUCUGUUCAAACCUGACCAGCGCUCCUUCUUCCCGAAUGGAACUGAUACGGGGUUCGUGGGCUUCUUCCAACCCAAGUAUCGUAAUGGAACGUGGGCGCAUCAGGAUCCGAUGGAUUGUAGUCCCCUUGCUACGGGGCCGACGUGGUGCUCGUUGACGAGUAAUCCGUCGGAGACGUUUGAGUCGAGUAUUUGGGAAUAUCAAUUUUACGUCCCCCACGACCUCCCCACCCUAAUAACCAACUACCUCUCGGGCCCAACCUCCUUCACAUCCCGUCUAUCCACAUUCCACUCCACAGCGCUAGCAGACUACAGCAACGAACCCGUCUUCCUAACCGUCUACCAAUACCACUACGCCUCGCGCCCCGCCUUAUCCUCGCGUCUCAUCCACACUCUCAUCCCAUCUGUAUUCAAUACCUCUCGGUCUGGUAUCCCCGGCAACGACGACUCCGGGGCAAUGGCGGCGUUCACGGUAUUUGGACUCAUGGGUCUGUUCCCGAACCCGGGACAGAAUGUGUAUUUGAUUUCGGCGCCGUUUGUGCAGGAGGUUAGGGUUAGGAAUGGGGUUACGGGGAGGGAGGCGGUGGUGAGGGUUAGGGGGGAUGUUGGGGUGGGUGUUGGGGGGAAGGUGGUGAAGAGGGCGUGGUUGGAUGGGGAGGCGUAUACGAGGUGUUGGAUUGGGCAUGAGUUUUUUGUAGAGGGGGGUGUGUUGGAGGUGGAGUUGGGAGAUGAAGAGGAGGAGGAAAGUGAGUGGGGGACUGAGGUGGGUGAGGGACCGCCGAGUUGGGGGGGUGGGAUGGAGGUGUAG